AUGAAAAACCUCAUUCUUUCAGCAAGAGAAAAAGCUAAUGAAGGAUCUUUUGAUGAAGCUCUAAAAAUAUGGGAUGUAGGACACUAUAUGGGGUUCUUUCACACGGAUUCGAAGGCUGCUGCAGUUAAACAAGGUGGUUUGCUUAAUCAUCGAAAACAACACUUUAUUUGGAACAUGGUUAGUAAGUAUAAUCUUUGUUUUAUUGGUUUGUUCGAAUCAAAAAAGGAGUCUAUAGACAUUUUUCUUGUUCGAAAGCUUUGGCCAAACUUAGGCUUUGAUUUUUCUUGGGUUCCUUCGGUUGGCUCUUCGGGUGGUCUUUUUAUUAUUUGGAAUACUGUUCUGCUUCAGAAUAUUGAGAUGGUUUCUGGUACUCGUUGGAUUUGUUUGGAUUUUAUGUUUGAUUCUUUGUCUAUUCGGCACAUCCUUAUCUAUGUGAGUAAUCUUGCCUCUGAAAGAUUAUCUCUUUGGAAUGACUUACUACCUCUCUUGAUCUACCCUGGGUUGGUUUUUAUUAGCGGAGACUUUAAUGAAGUCUUAGCUCCUACCGAACGUUUUAAUUGUUUGCAUUAUUCCCCGUCUAUGCUAGCCUUGCGAGAUAUUCUAAAUGAUUCUGAAUUAGUUGAUCUACCUCUUCACGGCCGCUCCUUUACUUGGCAAAAUUCUUUGUCCAAAUCAAGAAUUGAUAGAUGCUUCUCUUCUUUGUCGGCUAAAAAUAUUUGGAGAUCAAGUUCUUUAACUUCUUUGCCUCGAGGACUGUCUGAUCAUGUCCCCCUUUUGUUUCAAUCAAAUGAUAAAUUUGAUUGA